AUGGAAGCCAGUCAUGAAGAAAAACGCAACGCCUCCUUGAAGAGAGCCCUUCUCAUACUAAGCUGCGUACUCUUAUCAAUAGGCACAUGCGGAGGCCCUUUGAUAAUGCGCCUCUACUUCAUCCAUGGAGGUAAACGUGUCUGGCUUUCCAGCUGGCUGGAAACCGGAGGCUGGCCAAUCAUCUUUAUCCCCAUAGCCCUAGCUUAUUACCAUCGCCGCACCACUGAAGGCCCUUCGACAAAACUCUUCUUCAUGAAGCUCCCACUCUUCAUAGCUUCCGCCGUCAUCGGCCUAAUUACCGGCCUUGACGACUACCUCUAUGCCUACGGAGUGGCUCGCCUUCCGGUCUCCACGUCAGCCCUAAUCAUCGCUGCCCAGCUGGCUUUCACUGCCCUUUUUGCAUUUCUUCUUGUGAAGCAGAAGUUCACUUCUUACUCCACAAACGCCGUGGUCUUAUUGACUAUUGGCGCGGCCGUUUUGGGGUUGAACACCAGCGCCGAUCGACCAAAGGGUGAGUCGGAUAAGCAGUAUAUUGCCGGGUUUUUGAUGACAGUGGCGGCGGCGGCUUUGUACGGGUUUGUGUUGCCGUUGGUGGAGUUGACAUACAAGAAGGCCAAGCAGACCAUUACUUAUGCUUUGGUUCUUGAGAUUCAAAUGGUUAUGUGUUUGUUUGCUACUAUUUUCUGCACUGUGGGGAUGCUUAUCGACAAUGACUUCAAGGUUAUUCCAAGAGAAGCAAGAAAUUUCGGGCUUGGGGAAGGCACCUACUAUGUGGUGCUUGUAUUGAGUGCAAUAGUUUGGCAAACUUUCUUUCUGGGAGCCAUAGGAGUCAUCUUCUGUGCCUCAUCCUUACUCUCUGGUAUUGUAAUUGCGGUUCUGCUCCCAAUUACAGAGAUUCUAGCUGUCAUUUUUUACCACGAAAAAUUUCAAGCAGAAAAAGGGGUUGCUCUCGCACUCUCUCUGUGGGGUUUUGUCUCAUAUUUCUAUGGUGAGAUAAAAUACAGCAAGCAAAGAGAAAAUGAAAAGAAAAAUGAAAUAGAAAAAGAAAAAGAAAUAGAAAAAGAAAAGAAAGACACCCCAGAAACAGCAGACGUUUCUCAACUCGAUCCCUAG